AUGUCUCGCCAGAAGCAACAUGCCAAAAUCCAGCCCCCCGACCCGGGCAAGAAGGUUAGGCUCCGGGCCAAGAAGGCUCCUCAAUCUGGGAAGCCUCACCGAUCGACACCCUACGCGCGUCCUGCGCCGGCUCCUCAAACCCCCGCUCGAGUGACUCGUCCUGUGCGGAAGACUAAGACAGCUGCUCGCUAUCAUUCCACUGACGACGAUAGCUCUGACGGAUUAUACGCUACCACCAACAAUGAUAACGACUUACCCAACUCCUCGUCAGACGACUCGGUAGUUGCGCUCGAUGUCGAUGAUGACGAGGUUGCCAGUAUCCAGUCCCAGGCAAAUCGUUACAAUGCUACAUCUUCGCGUCAGACCACGGCCCAGAUACGCCCCCGAUCCUCCGCUUUCGAUCGCCAAACAGCAACGACUAGUCCAUUCAGACCUACCGCAGCAACCCAAGUCCGCCUGCAAAUUCCAGCCAUUCACAGAAACGAGAAGAUCACGACUACCUCGAGCCGCGACUAUGCCGCUGUGACAUUUCUGGUUCGGAACGGCCCGGUAAACGACUUGCUCAUUGAACGCGGCAAAAGGUUGCUGCAGGAGUUGUUUUCUGGCUGCGACAUUGAUCCCACCACCACGAGCAUGGUCAGCCUCGACGACUGA